AUGUCGCCGUCUCGCCGGGCGGCGAACGGUUCUCGUUGCUCAUGUAUCCGCGGCGAAAACGAUGGAAUUGACGGCGACGAUUCCGGUGAAUCGUUUCACCUUCCAUGCACACAUUGCAAAACCUCCGAUUCGAUUCCGUCGAAAUCGGCGUCUCCGGCGGAUGAUUCGGAGGAGAAACUCCGGAGAAUCGUCGUCGCUUCCGUCAAAGGAUUCUCCAUAGGUACUGGGAUUAAAGGCGGAUUAGCUAUUUUCUCAAUCGUAGCUCGUUUCGCUCGCCGCCGUAGAUCUACUCCUCAGUCGAGGAAAACUGGUGAUUUCUCAAAUAGUGAAGCUAUUGCGAUGGGAAUCAAAGAGACGUUAAGAUACGGAUUGUUUUUGGGAACUUUCGCUGGUACUUUUGUUUCCGUAGAUGAAGCUAUUUGUGCUCUAGCUGGAAACCAAAGAACUGCAAAUUGGAGAGCCCUGUUUGCUGGAUUAGUGGCUGGGCCAUCGAUGCUUCUCACAGGUCCGAACACACAGCACACGAGCUUAGCAGUGUACAUAUUGAUGCGUGCAGCGGUUCUUGCGUCGCGGUGCGGCAUCAAAAGCAAGCGGUUUGGCUCAGUCUGCAAGCCGCUUACAUGGAAACAUGGAGACUUGUUUCUCAUGUGUCUCUCUUCUUCACAGAUUUUGUCUGCUUAUAUUUUGAAGCAAGAAAGCCUUCCUUCGUCGUACAAAUCUUUCCUAAACAAACACGGUGGGAAAGAUCUUUCUAUAUUACAAGGCGUUAAAGAUAUCGCCUGCGCCAAACCGUUCACCAAUUUAAGAGCAAUUGAGAGAUAUUACAAGUCUGUUGGAGUUGAUAUCAAACUCGAUCCCAGCAUGAAAGUCCCCUGUACGAUAAUACAUGGGAAAGAGUCGUGUACUAAGCAUGGGAUUACAUUUUUUCUUGAAGCUUACAAGAGAGCGUUACCUGUUUAUAUCCCUGUCUACUUGAUUCCAGCAUUGAUAGUUCAUCGUCAAGACCUGCUAAAAAAGCAAUACUCUAUACUUGGAAAGGGUCUUCUAGGCACGGCGAGAUCGAGUUUGUUUCUCUCUACUUACUGCACUUCUGCCUGGGCUUGGACUUGUUUACUUUUCCGGACUUUUGAGACAUGCAACAUACCGCUCGUGGCGAUAGCAACGUUUCCAACGGGUUUGGCCUUAGCAAUUGAGAAGAAGAGCAGGAGGAUAGAGAUAUCGCUCUACUGCUUAGCGAGGGCGAUAGAGAGCUUCUUCACUUGCAUGACGGAUGCAGGAUACAUUCGACCGCCCAAGAGUUUAAGAAGAGCGGAUGUGGUCGUGUUUAGUGUUUCGACUGCCAUUAUUAUGCACUGUUACGCGCAGGAAAGAGAGGUGUUUCGUUCGAAAUACUUGAAUGUGUUGGAUUGGGUUUUCGGUGUUCCUCCUCCUCCUCCUCCUCCUCCUUCUCCAUGUGAAACAACUUAG